UCAUAUGCAUCAUUCAUCGGUCACCAAAAGGUUUCCAAGUGCUCAUUGCCUCCUGGUUCUUCUGCCACAGUUUGAAAGGUGGCUCAUGCUCGGAAGGUCUACGAACCUGACAGAAUCCAUCGUACUCGGUCAUACAGAAAGAAGACUAUGGAAGAAGAGAAUGCUCAGCUCCGCGCCGAAUUGGCCUCUCUGAAAGAAGACUUGGCUAAGGCCCAUGAUACCACGGCUGCUCUGUUAGCUGCACAAGAACAACCAACCUCAUCUAUCCCUGUGAUUGCAAGUGUGAUCCCGUCUACGUCUGCUGAUGCUCGCUUCAUUAUGCCAGCUGGGUUUCCUUAUGGGCUUCCACCGUUCUUCACUCCUAAUACUGCAGCUAGUACUUCUACUACUAACAGUGGCCCGAUUCCUUGGGUAAAUUUGGCUUCUACCAAUACUGCUCUGACUCAAGCAACAACCACUGUCACUGAGCCCAUCAUGAAUAUUGUACCUCAGGGUAUCCACGCCGGUACUCCCAUAACUGGAACCAUGGAAGAAAGGAUGGAGGAACUUGCUAAAGAACUCCGUCGUGAAAUCAAAGCUAACCGAGGGAACAGUGACCCUGUUAAUGUUAAAAAUCAUGAUCUAUGCUUGGUACCAAGGGUGGACAUCCCUAAGAAGUUCAAGGUCCCGGAGUUCGACCGAUACAAUGGGCUGACUUGUCCUCAGAAUCAUAUCAUCAAGUACGUCCGCAAGAUGAGUAACUAUUUGGACAAUGAUUCACUCAUGAUUCAUUGCUUCCAAGAUAGCUUAAUGGAAGAUGCUGCAGAAUGGUACACUAGCUUGAGCAAGGAUGACAUCUAUACUUUUGAUGAAUUAGCUGCUGCUUUCAAAAACCACUAUGGGUUUAAUACUAGGCUGAAACCAAACAGGGAAUUUCUCAGAUCUCUUUCCCAAAAGAAAGAUGAAAGCUUCCGUGAAUAUGCCCAGAGAUGGAGAGGGGCAGCUGCCCGUAUCACUCCCGCUCUUGAUGAAGAAGAGAUGACUCAGACAUUCCUAAAGACUUUAAAAAAGGAUUAUGUCGAGAGAAUGAUCAUUGCUGCUCCGAGUAACUUCUCUGAGAUGGUCACCAUGGGAACCCGUCUAGAAGAAGCUGUCAGGGAAGGAAUCAUUGUGUUUGAUAAAGGUGAAUCCUCCGUGAGCGCACCAAAAAGGUACGGUAACGGUCAUCAUAAGAAGAAGGAAACAGAAGUAGGGAUGGAAUUUGCUGCCGGUCAAUCCAUGGCUACUGUUGCCCCUGUUAAUGCUACUCAAUUACCUCCACCAUACCUGUUUGCACAUUACUCUCAACAUCCUUUCUAUCCACCAUUUUACCAUCAGUAUCCUCUACCACCGGGUCAACCUCAGGUACCCGUUAAUGCCAUUGCUCAGCAAAAACAGCAACAGCCACCAGCUCAACAACAACAACAGCAACAAACUAGACCUACCUUUCCUCCGAUACCGAUGUUAUAUGCUGAGUUACUCCCAACUUUACUUCACAGAGGGCAUUGCACAACCAGGCAAGGCAAGCCUCCACCUGAUCCGUUACCUCCCAGGUUCUGUUCCGAUCUCAAGUGUGAUUUCCACCAAGGUGCCUUAGGUCAUGAUGUGGAAGGGUGCUAUGCUUUGAAGUAUAUUGUGAAAAAGCUCAUAGACCAAUGGAAGCUGACUUUCGAGAAUAACGUCCCUCAUGUUCUUGACAAUCCUCUUCUGAAUCAUGCUGUUGUGAACAUGAUCGAAGUGUGUGAGGAAGCUCCUAGACUUGACGUUCGCAACAUCGUGACUCAUUUGGUACCGCUACAUGUCAAGCUCUACCAAGCCUCGUUGUUUAGCCAUGACCAUGUCAGUUGCCCGGAAUGCCUCCUUAAUCCUCUAGGUUGUUGCAUUGUGCAGAAUGAUAUCCAGAGCCUGAUGAACAGCCGUUAUCUGAUUGUUAGUGAUGUUUGCGUGAUUGUGCCAGUUUUUCACGAUCCGCCUGUCAGAAGCAUGCCUCCGAAAGGGAAUGUCGAGCCUUUGGUAAUAAGGCUACCAGGACCAGUGCCUUGCACUUCAGAGAAGGCUAUCCCUUACAAGUACAAUGCUACCAUGAUGGAAAACGGAGUGGAAGUACCUCUAGACUCUUUGGCCUUAGUGAGCAACAUUGCUGAAGGAACUACAGCAGCGCUGAGAAGUGGAACGGUUCGUCCACCGCUAUUUCAGAAGAAAGCAGUUACACCUACCACCCCACCCAUUGACAAAGCAAUUCUACCCGAUGUCUCUCUAGUUACCGGGGAUGUGAGUCGACCAGGCCAGUCCAUAGAUGAUUCCAAUUUGAAUGAAAUCUUAAGGAUAAUCAGAAGAAGUGACUACAAGAUUGUAGAUCAACUACUGCAGACUCCGUCAAAGAUAUCUGUUUUGUCACUACUCCUGAGCUCCAAAGCCCAUAAGAAUACUUUGUUGAAGGUAUUAGAGCAAGCUUAUGUGGAUCAUGAGGUCACAGUGGAUCGGUUCGGUGAUAUAGUGGGGAACAUUAUUACUUGCAAUAACCUGUGGUUCAGUGAGGACGAGUUACCCGAAGCAGGGAAGUAUCACAAUUUGGCCUUACAUAUCUCCGUGAAUUGCAAGUCUGACAUGCUAUCGAAUGUGCUGGUGGACACGGGUUCGUCCCUGAACGUGAUGCCCAAGUCAACUCUGAAUCAGCUGAGCUAUUGGGAAACUCCCUGAAUGUGCUGGUCAUGGAUAUCAAUGCUUCGUAUAGCUGUCUCCUGGGAAGACCUUGGAUACAUGACGCUGGCGCGGUAACCUCUACCCUACACCAGAAGUUGAAAUUUGUGAAGAAUGGAUCUGCUGAGGGAACUGCUUUUCAAGG